CGAACACUGCGGUGAUCUUAUACAGCUCAGCGCAGGAAAUGGGCCCUUGAUUAAUGAUGAGCGUUGAAACUAACAAUGGACUCCGGGUCCCAGCGUAUCUGCGUUCGCGCAAGAGCAUUUCGGUACUGGCUGUGUGCAUGAUGUUAGUCUUGACCGUGUACUACAACCACACAUCAAUCAUUUCUAACGAGAGGGAAGCGUGUCAGAUACAUGGGAGUAGUCAAUUAGAUGGCAACACUGCACCAGGCACAUCCAACCUCGAGAAAGCAUGCAUCGAUAUAGCAGCGGACAGAGAGAGGAUUGAGAAUGACACCGCACAGUUGGACAGCAUCAGAGCUGAGUUGGAUGACCAACAGAACGUAUUGAACGCAGAGAGAGAAAUUCUGCAGACAGAGCGAGAAGAGUUGCAGGCUCAUUUUGAAACGCUUUCGGGGGUGGGCAGUGUUGAAAUAGUCGACAAUGAAUGGUACAUAUCAAGUGAGCGCAAUACUACAGUGGAUGCGCUGGCGGUCAACAGAAGUGCAGAGGGGUGGCAUCAGCUGUUGCAACAAAUAGGUGUAUGUGACUUCGACGAUCUGGCUGGACUGACACCCGAACACUGGGAUGGCGAUAUGUUAACCUUCAAGCCGCCAAACUGCAAGCUGAUGGUGUUCGAUAACAAAGAGGUGGUUGUAGGCCUACUGAAAAACAAGCACAUUUCAAUGGUGGGAGACAGCAUCGCCAGACAG